UUGGAGAUUGUUCCGCCACUUCGCUGGACGCCCGUCGGCGCCCAGUGUGUCGGGUUGCGCGACCGCAUCGUCGAUGAAAUCACGCGCCGCAUUCCAGACUGUGUGCUGAACGGGCAUCCGUCAGAGCGGUUGCCCAACAACCUGAACAUAUCGUUUGCCGGCGUCGACGGCGAGUCGAUUCUGCUGGGGCUGGAUCUGCAGGGCAUCGCCGCCAGCAGCGGCAGCGCGUGCAGCAGUGGUUCUCUGGAACCUUCCCACGUCCUGUUGGCAUUGGGGCAGACCGCCGACGUGGCGCGCGGGUCCCUGCGCAUCACGUUGGGCUAG